AUGACGACGGAGGAAAAGUUUGCGUUCGAUUUGCGCGGGUUCGUCGUCGUGCGCGGGGUGUACGACGCGGAGCAAGUGAGGAAAAUGAACGCGGCGAUCGAUGCGCGGGAAUCGGAGAUCGUCGAACGCAAGGGUCGACUGCGGUUGGGAGGGGAAGCGGGGGACCCGCUCGCGGGCGACGGGACGACGGGGCGCGCGGAUUUGGGAGGGAUGUUAUCGUGGAAGAACGGAGACGCGACGUUGUUUAGAUCUGUGCUCGCGCACGAGCGCUUGGUGCCUUAUUAUCACGAGCUCGUCGGGGAGGGGUAUCGCAUGGAUCACUUACCGUUGAUGAUUCAACAGAAGACGGGCGCCGACGGCUUCGUGUUUCACGGAGGGAGGAUGAAUCCGGAUGGGAGUUGGUGUCAAGAGCUCGCGUACACGUGCGAAGGCGGGAGAAUGUAUAACCAACUCAUCGGUGUGAGCGUGGCGUUGAGCGACACUGAACCCGGGGAUGGAGGAUUUUGCAUCCUUCCGGGGUCGCACAAGUCCAUGUUUCCGUGCCCGCAAGAAAUUUUAGAGUACAAGUCGCAUCAAGACCUUGUCGUAAACCCGAAGAUGAAGGCUGGAGAUGUGUUAUUUUUUACCGAAGCCGCGACGCACGGUACGCAAGCGUGGACGGCCAAGCACACGCGGCGAGCGGUGCUGUAUAGAUUCGCGCCGUCGACGUACGCAUACGGGCGGUCGUACUAUCCCACCUGGCCCGACGGCACGGAGGACGGAAUGACGGACGCGGAGAAGGCUGUUUUGCAACCGCCGCAUCACAUCAGACUCGAUCGCACGACGCUGAACGAUCGAGGUGGAGUGGCGGGCACGCAGACGCGCGAUGAUUUCAAGAAGGAGCACGACGCCAAGGUCUUCGGAAACAAGUAUUUUUAA